AUGGUCGAUCUAUCAGAUAAAUCCGAUGCAAAGCUGCUGACGGACGAAAUUCGGCUGAUUGGCUGCGGCGUGUUGAGGCUGUUGACUUUGACUUCCGGGACUAACCCCGGCGACACGUGGAUUCUCAGCUGGUGGAUCCUCAGCCGGUUUCUCGCAAUCAGGCUUUGGCUCAGCCGCCGGAAUUUCACUAUUCUUAGCUUCUGCAUCAGGAGCAUUGGUUGCCGGCGGAGGCUCAGCAUUCUCUGGCGCCGGAUCAACCUUGGCUUCCGGUGGUGGGGGGACGAUCUCGAUCUCGUCCUGGAAGCCAAUCUCACCCUGGAUCCAGCUCAGCAAAUUCUUCUUCUCGAGGGGCCUGACCCGGCCGAGAAAAUUGUUGCGGGUGGUGGGCCCGACUUUCACGUCGUGGAGAACAUCGAGCUCCAGCAUGUCCCCAAACACGUCCGAUGUUUUGUCCGCGUUGAACUCCAGAGUCUCGUUCCAGGUCGGGUUGAGGUCGCGGACCACGGUCUUUGUUUUCCUCCUUUGUCCGUGGAAAUCGAGGAUUACGUACGGGCUGGAGGCUCCGUGGCCGUCCUUGGGCACGAGGUUCCGGGCAUCAACUACUUCGACUAUAAGCUUACAAAACCUCUCUUUUUCGCGAAUCCGCAUUAA